CCAGUUUGUCGUCGACCCACUUUGUGGCUUUCCGCCCAAUCAUAUGUCCAAGCAUAAACAGCUGAUUUUAUGAAACGUCAUCAACUCGUUAUUGUCAUCAUCAUCAUCUGGUUAUCAAUAAAUUUCAAUACCAAAUACACAACAUGGAAUUGUUAUUCAGUAAAUUGCAAUAAUUAUCUUCAUUCUCUUGUAUUGGUGAAUAAUUUACAUUCCAUUUUCUUCACUAGUUCUUUAGCUUUCUAGUUUCUCAUAUUUCAGUCAUGGUUCUUUUGGAAAAUGAAGUGUUCCUGUCGCAGCUAACGAAAAUCUUCCAGAAAUCCCGAGGUGGAGGUUCAGUUACGAUAACUAUGAAAAGAUAUGAUGGCAGAAAUAGACCUGACCCAAGACAAGGACGGAAGCCUUUGCCAGAACCUUCUGAGUAUCUAUGUCUGAUCCGUGCAUCUUGUAAAAACAAGAAAAUCAGUACUAUUAUUCCACCUAAAGAUGUGAAUAAAUUUCAACAAGCCUAUUGCAAUCUUCUGAAGGGUAAUUUGGAUGGAUUGAAGAAACUGAAAAAAGUGAAAACAAAAUCUAAAGCUACACAAUAAAUUGUUUCAAUUAAAAGUAUUAUUUUUUAUUUAUUUAUAUCAUAUUAUUUUUCAUUUAAUGAUUAUUAAGAUGCUUGAUCUUUCCUCCAACAAUAUCUACAAAAUCAUUUAAUAAUAUGAAUAGCAAAUUCUUAUUUUUGCCUCCAUAAUUUAUUUACUUUCUACAUCAAAUCAUGGAAAAAGUUGGUGUUGACUGCGUUAUUAUUAGUUGACGCCUAUUUGGCGGGUUGGGUGAUAAAGUAAAAAUGUUUUUAUGUAGAUUGUGGAAUUGAUUCAUUGGUUAUAUUUAUAAUAUGAAUGUUGCAUGGCCUUCUGAUUACAUGUCUAUGUAAUUGAAUUACCAAUAAAGGUCUAUUCAGUUCCAUC